GAGUAGUCUGUACCCAAAAUGACUCCGACAAAGAACCGCUGCACAAAUGAACAAAUAUGCUUUUAUUGUGGCGUCAUUUGCUCCCAGAAUACCACUUUUAGUACAUUCUCGAUUCAACUUUGAUCAUUUAUCUAUUUAAGAUAAUAAAUCCGCCAGAAUAAUUCGCGCACACAGCACAUAUCAGCCGGAACUUUUAAUCUCUCAACCGAGAUGCCGGUCCGGCGCUCUCCCGCCGCGCACCAUACAUCAUCUGGCUCCCAAACAACAAACCGGACCGUGUUGAACUUUUGUCUCCACAUUGUUUCACUGUGAGCGGAGUUUGAGUCCGCAACGCUGCUCAAUCCGGCUCCUCAUGUCGGACACAUGGAGCAACAUCCAGGCGCACAAGAAGCAGCUGGACUCUCUGCGGGAGAGGCUGCAGCGGCGGCGGAAAGACCCCGCACAACUGUCCGCAGACGGUGGAAGCAGCACGGAGGCUUCCACAGCCAGGAGUGACAGCCCGGCACCAUCAGCACCGGCCCCCCCUCAGGAAGAGACGGAGAAACCGCCAGACCCCGAACUAGAGAAGAGGCUGCUGGGAUAUCUCUCCGAUCUGAGUCUUUCUUUGCCAACGGACUCCCUUGCCAUCACAAAUGAACUCAACAGUUCUGAAACAGCCGUCAGUCAUGGAUGCAUCCAGAGUCUGCUGCUAAAAUUCUCCGCUCAGGAGCUCAUCGAGGUCCGGCAGCCCACCUCCGCCUCUUCCUCUUCCACCUCCUCCCCCUCAGUCGUGGUAGCAGUGGACCACACGAAACUAUGGGCCAUGAUCGGGUCCGGCGGUGGAGCCCAACGGCCCGGAGUCAAGAGAAAAGCAGAAGAUCAAACCCACCACAAAAGAGCUCCGGGGUUCUCGCCUUCGCUUCAGAGCUCCGCCUCUCCUCCCCACACCUCCUUCACCUCUCUGACGCCGGCUUCAUCCACACAGCUGGCGGGGCCUUCGGCGUCCGGGAGCGGGGCUGACAAGAAAGGCAGGAGCAGCAAAGGCCAGUCAUCCCACAUGGACAUGGAGAUCGAGAGCCUCCUGAACCAACAGUCCACGAAAGAGCAGCAGAGCAAGAAGGUGAGCAGGGAGAUUCUGGAGCUGCUUAACGCCAGCACAGCCAAGGAGCAGUCCAUCGUGGAAAAGUUCCGGUCCCGCGGUCGAGCUCAGGUCCAAGAGUUCUGCGACCACGGGACCAAAGAGGAGUGUGUGCGCUCCGGUGACACACCUCAGCCGUGCACUAAGUUACAUUUCCGUCGCAUUAUCAACAAGCACACGGACGAGAGCCUCGGCGACUGCUCCUUCCUCAACACGUGUUUCCACAUGGACACCUGCAAGUACGUCCACUAUGAGAUCGACAGCCCUCCGGAGGCCGAGGGGAGCAUGCUGGGGCCGCAGGCCGGGACUACAGAGCUUGGCCUCUGUCAAGGGGACGCAGACAGCAACGUGGGCAAACUCUUCCCCUCACAGUGGAUCUGCUGUGAUAUCCGCUACUUGGACGUAUCCAUCCUUGGUAAAUUUGCUGUGGUGAUGGCUGACCCUCCGUGGGACAUCCACAUGGAGCUACCCUACGGCACGCUGACUGACGACGAGAUGAGAAAGCUCAACAUCCCCAUCCUGCAAGAUGACGGCUUCCUCUUCCUCUGGGUCACCGGCAGGGCUAUGGAGCUCGGCAGAGAGUGUCUCAGUCUUUGGGGCUACGAGCGUGUCGAUGAAAUCAUUUGGGUGAAAACCAACCAGCUCCAGAGAAUCAUCCGCACAGGAAGGACAGGCCAUUGGCUGAACCACGGGAAGGAGCACUGUCUGGUGGGUGUGAAGGGAAACCCUCAGGGGUUCAACAGAGGUCUGGACUGCGAUGUCAUUGUGGCCGAGGUCCGCUCCACCAGUCACAAACCGGAUGAGAUCUACGGCAUGAUAGAGCGACUGUCGCCCGGCACCAGGAAGAUCGAGCUUUUCGGUCGACCCCACAACGUCCAACCCAACUGGGUAACUCUUGGAAACCAGCUGGAUGGAAUUCACCUCUUGGAUCCCGAUGUCGUGGCUCGAUUUAAGAAGCGCUAUCCUGACGGCGUCAUCUCCAAACCCAAAAACAUGCAGUGAUGACUUUAUCAGUGAUCACAGGUUUGGAGAAGUUUGUCUAUAGACUGUUUUUGUUUUGUUUUUUUUAUACCAGUGAACUAAUUUCUUAAAUAAAUGUUGUCAACAAGAUACAUCGUCUGUGUCUUGGUUAAGAAAUGAUUGAAACUAUGUGAGGAAAUAAUGUGAAUUACUUUUGCAGCAAUGUUAUCUGUACAUGAAUGUAUGUGACACCCCACCAUAUAUAAGCAAGCAAAACAUCACAUUCACCACCAAUAAAAAAAACACAAGAGACAUUUUUCAUUUAACGUUUUUGUUAUUUUGUUAGUAAAGAAUAAUGUUAGUUUGUAAUGUAGUUUUGAAUAGCUGAUCAUUUUUGCAAUAACAAAAAGGACAAAAGUUUCCAAUUUCAGCAGGUUUUUCACAGUUAUUUGGGAACAUUUUAGGCAAAUGCAGAACCCCUGUUCAUCCUAAAGGUCACGGUGUGUUAAAAAGAGUAAAUACAUUUUUAUAUUUAAUGUAACCAGGAGUUUGUUUUUUUUUUAAUUAUAAAAAUAUUAAAGGAGUUAUAAUUUAGUGAGCUGAAGCCAAACAUAACUUACAAAAUGUAUAUCAUUUUGUGGUGCAGCUCAUUUCUUAACACUUUCCAAAGAGGGAGCAAAAAACAGCAGCUGGGUAUCCUCAGACUUGGUCUGCAAAUAUACAUAUUGUCAACAUGUCCCAUAUGCAUUUGAUCUAGGAUAAUGCUUGAUGCAUUUUAUGAAAGAGCAAACCUUCUGUUUUGUAGUGUUUGUCAGUGCACAGGGGUUUUGUCACAAAGCAGGAUUCGGUUCAGUUUGGUUUAGAAAUGAUGAUGGCUGGUAAUUAUAAAUAAGGAAUUCUUCAUUGUACUCUUUAGUUAACUCUCCCAUCCUACUUUGUGAAACAUCCCUAUUUCACAUGGGGCGUUAUCUCAUCAGCAAAUUGAAAAAUCAGCGGUUUCUUUCCACAAUGGUAAUCAAAUAAGAAUUUGUAAAAAAAGAAAAA